UCUUUCUCUGGUGCUGCCCUCACUGCCUCCUGACCGUCCCUCCUGUCUCUCCUCCCCUCUCCAGGGCAAACCUGGUGGAUCUUCAGAAGAAGCUCGAGGAGCUGGAGCUGGACGAGCAGCAGAAGAAGCGCCUGGAAGCUUUCCUCACGCAGAAAGCCAAAGUGGGCGAGCUGAAGGACGAUGACUUUGAGAGGAUAUCCGAACUGGGGGCUGGCAAUGGCGGUGUGGUCACCAAAGUGCAGCACAAACCCUCAGGGCUCGUUAUGGCACGGAAGCUGAUUCAUUUAGAAAUCAAACCGGCCAUCAGGAAUCAGAUUAUCCGAGAGCUGCAAGUGCUGCAUGAGUGUAAUUCCCCCUAUAUCGUGGGUUUCUAUGGAGCCUUCUACAGCGACGGAGAGAUUUCCAUCUGCAUGGAGCACAUGGAUGGCGGCUCUUUGGAUCAAGUGUUGAAAGAAGCCAAAAGAAUUCCCGAGGAGAUCUUGGGGAAAGUCAGUAUAGCGGUUCUGAGAGGCUUGGCGUAUCUGAGAGAGAAGCACCAAAUCAUGCACAGAGACGUGAAGCCUUCUAACAUCCUGGUGAACUCUCGAGGAGAGAUUAAGCUGUGUGAUUUCGGGGUCAGCGGCCAGCUCAUUGACUCCAUGGCAAACUCUUUUGUGGGAACUCGGUCCUACAUGUCUCCCGAGCGGUUGCAGGGCACCCACUACUCGGUCCAGUCCGACAUCUGGAGCAUGGGGCUGUCGUUAGUGGAGCUGUCUAUCGGAAGGUACCCAAUCCCCCCGCCAGACUCCAAGGAACUGGAAGCAAUAUUUGGCCGUCCUGUGGUGGACGGGGCAGAGGGAGAGUCUCACAGCAUCUCGCCGCGGGCCAGGCCCCCAGGACGCCCCGUCAGUGGCCACGGGAUGGACAGCCGGCCUGCAAUGGCCAUCUUUGAACUGCUGGAUUACAUAGUUAAUGAGCCACCUCCCAAGCUGCCAAAUGGAGUUUUCACGCAAGAUUUCCAAGAGUUUGUAAAUAAAUGCUUAAUUAAAAAUCCAGCAGAACGGGCAGAUCUGAAGAUGCUGAUGAGUCACACCUUCAUCAAACGCUCCGAAGUGGAGGCGAGCCGACCGCCUGGUGUCAGCAACACCGGCCUGUCACCGCGUCCUCUCCCCCCGACAUGA